AUUAGUAUUAUUAUCAUUAUUACUACUAUUAUUAUUACUAUUAUUUCAAGUAUUAUUUGUUCUAUGCAACUAAAUGAUUAGUCCAGUCUAUUUAUUUAAGAUAAAAAGAUUUAAACAACUGUUUGUGAUUACUAGUUGAACUAUUAUAGAUAGAUAGAUACUUGGAGUUCCUGAGUAAACAUACUGCUGAGAUAAUGUUCGCUAAAAUCUUUCUCCUAAUAUCUUUACUUGGUUUGAAGAAUACAGUUUACGGAGAACCUGUUGAGAGUCCUGUAAAUGAUUUCGAACAAUUGGAAUGUCAAUUAAUUUGUGAAACUUGUGUUAUGAAUGUUCGUGGUAUUCGAUGGUUACUUUUGCAAAGUUAUACACGAAAGAUUGCAGCUGAACUAUUAUCUGUAAUGUGUAAUUUUCUUCCAUAUAAACAACCUCGUGCUCAAUGUAAACGUUUCUUCAAAGGACCAUUUGAAGGGAUGGUUCAUGAUUUUGUUGUAAACAUGAGUGUUUAUGAACCAUGUCAAUAUCUUGGACUUUGUGAAACAGUUCAACAAGAAUUGAUGACAAGCCUAGAUGAUUCAUUCUAUAACAAUCUGCUGAUGAAAACACUAAGCAUAUUGAAAGAAGAUAUAGAGUCAAUUAUUACACCGGAGUUUAUUGAACAAUCAGCUAUAAAACUUUGUUCUUCUGACAAAAAGUGUAUAAAAGCUUUCGAGAAAUCUGCUGUCGGUCUCAUCAAAGUUAUUUAUAAAAAUUCAAAAGGUGAAUGGUUUUCAGACGAUUUUUAAAACUAGGUUAACCGUUUUUCACUUCAGUUAGUAUUCAUCAUUAUGUUUAAACUGUUCGGGGACAUUUCUUUGGAUAAGUAAAUAAAUAUUUAAUUCGU